AUGGCCUUUGUCGACCUCACUCUGGAAAGAGGACUAGAGAUUGGACCAGCAAUCAAUGAAGCAAUUGAGCAGUCGAGGAGUGCAAUUGUUGUCAUCUCUCAGACCUACGCCUCAUCACCGUGGUGCCUGGAGGAGCUGGUUAAGAUCCUCGAGUGCACGGAAAAGAAAGGCCAGCUGGUGUUCGUCAUUUUUGUGGAUGUCGACCCCAAAGAGAUGCGUGAGCAAUCUGGACCAUUCAAGCGGAUUGGCCAAAGUGAGAAGGGUUUCAGGCAGGAAAAUGCCGACAAGGUCCGGAGGUGGAGAGACGCUCUCCGAAAAGCCGGCAAUCUCACUGGAUAUAUCAAGCCAAGAGGGCCUCCUCAAAAUGCAGGAGACCCUUUUGGUGACCUUCUCGGCAAUGGAGAUUCGGAGAUUUGCAACGAUAUAUAUGAAGUAAUGAACUUGAUGAGGAGCAAACUUCCCAACAAGAGGCUUCUAUUGGUAUUUGAUGAUGUUGAAGGGUUGUCAGAGUCACUGAGCCACCUGAUUGAGUCAAUGAACUUUGCCUUGGGGAGUAGAGUCAUUUUGAUCCCUCGACAUGAAGAAACUUUAAUUGGUCUAUGUAGAGAUAUCUAUGAGGUAAGAGUGCUGAAUGAUGAUCAAGCUCUUGAGCUUUUUAGUUGGAAUGCAUUCCUAGAAAUGUAUCCAAAAAUUGACUAUAGGAUGCUCUCAAAUUGCUUCGUGAGUUUUUCUAAAGGCCUUCCUUUGGUGCUAACUGUGAUGGGUUCUUUCUUUAGAGGCAAAAGCAUCACAGAAUGGCAAAGAGCUUUUGAUCGAUUGAAAGAAAUCCCUCAUGGAAAGGUUCAUGACAUACUGAGGAUUGUUAUCGAUGGCUCAGAGGCCAAUGAGAGAACGAUUUUUCUUGACAUUGCAUGUUUUCUAAAUGGAUAUGACAAAAAAGUGAUCAUCAAGUCCCUAGACCAAUGCAAUGUCUAUGUCACUAGUGGGAUUGAUAUUCUAGCUCAAAAUUCACUCAUAUACAUUGAUGAAGAUAACAAAAUAUGGAUGCAUGAUUUGCUUCAAGAAAUGGGUAGACGAAUCGUGAUUCAAGAGUGCCCUGAAAACCCCAGCAAGCGAAGCCAAAUUUGGCAUCAUGAGGAUGCUCUACGAGUGGUUAGUCAAAACUCGGGAACAAAUGCCAUUGAAGGUAUUAAACUAGACAAGGUUGAUGUAGAAGACUUGAUCUCGAAUGCAGACUCGUUCAAAAAGAUGAAGAAACUCAGGCUAUUCAUGGUAGCUGAUCUUACUCCUCAUUGUGGACCGGCCGGACAUCUAUCGGAAAAGUUGUGGGAGUGUUUCGCACGGAACAACAAUAAUACGUUGGCGUGUUGGGAGGCUCUGGUGAAGCAAGUUUCAAAGUUUUGGUUUCGCGGAGCCUGA